UCUGGCCAGUUGGCUAAUGUUUCGGAGAACAUGGGCUAAUAGCUAGCCUAGCUACACUGCUAGUUUGCUAACCACAGUCGGUCAACACAAUAUAAAAACAUCGGAGAAAAUAAAACAUAAAUAUACGAGACAGUUUCAGGCGCUAGUAAAAGUCUAAUAUAUGUAACUAGUUAAGUCGUCAAUAACAUCCAACCGUAGCAGUGGGAAAAGACCCUUUGGUGACUGAGACCAACAAACACCAGUGUGAAGGAGAGGGAGGAAGGCCUGAUCUUUGAGAUGACUGUCUACCCAAAGAAUUCCGUGCGGAUCUUAUUUGCCCGGGAGCGUGGGACCCGCGGCCUUGGCUCCCAGCGCCUCCUGCAGCAGCUUGUUGAGGAGAAGACCCGGAGGAUGAAAUGGCAGAGUCAGAAAGUGGAGUUGCCGGACAGCCCUCGUUCUACCUUCCUGUUGGCUUUUAGCCCGGACAGGACCUUAAUGGCCUCCACUCAUGUCAACCACAACAUUUAUAUCACAGUGAUUAAGACAGGGAAGUGUGUUCACUCUCUGGUUGGCCAUCGCCGCACUCCUUGGUGUCUGACCUUUCACCCUACCAUCCCUGGUUUGGUGGCUUCGGGAUGUCUGGAUGGAGAGGUUCGCAUCUGGGACCUGCAUGGUGGCAGUGAGAGCUGGUUCACUGAGAGCAAUGUGGCCAUUGCCUCCCUGGCCUUUCACCCUACUGCCCAGCUCCUUCUCAUAGCAACAAACAAUGAGGUUCACUUCUGGGACUGGAGUAGGAGGGAGCCAUUUGCCCUGGUCAAGACUGCCAGCGAGACCGAGAGAGUCAGACUGGUGAGGUUUGACCCACUGGGUCAUUACCUGUUGACCGCUAUAGUGAAUCCCUCUAACCAACAGCAGAGUGAUGAUGACUCUGAGGUCCCCAUGGAUAGCAUGGAGAUGCCCCACUUUCGCCAUCGAUCCUUCCUUCAGUCCCAACCGGUCCGGCGUACCCCCAUUCUCCACAACUUCCUGCACAUCCUGUCAUCGAGGAACUCAGGCUCACAGUCUGAGGAGCAGCAGCAUCCUGCACCCGCUGUCAAUAGUGCUGCUGACUAUCCUAGUCUUCCCUCAGGACGUUAUUCCGCCCUGCGGAAUCGCUCCCGACCCCCCUACCAGGGUUGUGUGCAACACCUUGGUAUGGUUUGCUUCUGCAGUCGGUGCUCUGCCACCCAAGCCCCUUCACCAUCUGGAGAGGACCCCUCUGACCCUGAGAGCCUGGAGACCCAAUCCUAUGCCUCCACCUUCUCCUCUGCUCGCACUGAGCCCCGGCAGCCCUCUGAGCCUCGCUCCUCACACCGUCCCUCUGCCUUCAGCAGUGUGUACGGCGGUGCUAGAGGACACUCUUUGCGCACUCCAUCUUCAGGCCACCAGCAGCCAGGCCGGGAGGGUUCUGGGCGACUGGCGGGGGCAGACUGGAUGGGUAGCAUGCUCAACAUGCGGCCUGAGCGUAGUGGGGGUGUUGGGGUAUCUCCACCCAGGACUAGUGCAUCGUCUGUCAGCCUGCUGUCUGUGCUGAGGCAGCAAGAGUGCUCCUAUCAGUCGCCUGUCUACACCUCUGCCACAGAGGGAGGAAGCUUUCCCCCAGCUGUUAUGAGCCCCCACACCAGUGGAAACAGCUCUGUAGAUGGACCCAGCACUAGUAGUGGACACCACUCUCUUGGGGAGGGAGGGAGCAACAGCCCCACCUCUAUCCGUAACGUGCUGCAGUGCAACUUGAAUCGCUACUUCAUGGAGUAUGAUCGCAUGCAGGAAAUGGAGCAGUCAGGUGGCGCUGGUAGAGAGAGCAGCCAAGAGCAACAGACACGGGAGAUGCUCAAUAAUAACAUAGACUCUGAGUGGCCUGUCACACCUCAUUAUCAUCCCCCCCACAGCAGUGAUGGUAGUUCUGGUCCCUUCCGCAGCCAUAUGAAUCGCUGCAGGGUCUGUCACAACCUGUUCACGUUUAACCAAGGUACGCAGCGCUGGGAGCGCACCGGCCAGACCCCAUCACAAGAGGAGGGGAGCACCUCAUUGCAGCCCCCAAGCCCCAACCCUGCCUUUCACAACAUGAGGCAGACUGUGCUACAGGAUCCCCAGUCCUCUGACAGGAGACAGUUAGCACAGCCACAGCCCAGUGCUGAUGAACCUGGAGGGGACACAGCCUUCCCUCACCGGGGAACCCCCAGCCCGCAGAGAGAACAGGCAGUGGGGUCGGUGUAUAAUCAGGAGACAGUCCAGUGGGAGAGGGUUUACAGACAGUCUGCCAGUCCAAGUCCAGCGGUGAAUGUACCACAAGAGGCCUUAAACCAAGAAAUGCCUGACGAAAGCCCUGAUGACGAUUACCUGAGAAGGAGACUUUUGGAGUCAUCUCAUAUGUCGCAGUCUCGGUAUGACAUAUCUGGCUCCCGGGACCAUCCCAUUUAUCCAGAUCCUGCCAGGUUGUCACCUGCUGCAUAUUACGCCCAGCGGAUGAUUCAGUACUUAUCUCGGCGGGACAGCAUUCGCCAACGAUCACUGCGCUACCAGAGCCGACUGCGGCCUCUCUCAUCCACCUCGGAUAGCCCAGGAAGCAACUCCUCCCCCUCCGUUGAGAGCAACGAGGCGGACUUUGAGGAGUUUGAGGAUAACAGUGAUCGCGCCAGACACAGGGCUCCACGCAACGCUCGUAUGUCUGCCCCCUCGCUUGGCAGAUUUGUUCCCCGGAGGUUCCUACUGCCUGAGUAUCUGCCAUAUGCUGGCAUCUUCCACCAUGAGAGGGGCCAGCCUGGCCUGGCCACCCAUUCUUCUGUCAACAGGAUCCUAGCAGGUGCGGUUAUUGGUGACGGUCAGUCAGCUGUGGCCAGUAACAUCGCCAACACUACCUACCGCCUCCAGUGGUGGGACUUCACCAAGUACGACCUACCUGAAAUCAGCAACUCCUCUGUCAACGUGCUGGUGCAGAACUGCAAGAUCUACAAUGACGCCAGCUGUGACAUCUCUGCAGACGGGCAGCUCCUGGCUGUGUUCAUACCCAGCAGCCAGCGGGGCUUCCCAGACGAGGGCAUCCUGGCCAUCUACUCUCUGGCGCCUCACAACCUGGGAGAGAUGCUCUACUCCAAGAGAUUCGGUCCUAAUGCCAUUUCUGUCAGCCUGUCCCCAAUGGGCCACUACGUGAUGGUGGGCUUGGCCUCUCGUAGGAUCCUGCUCCAUCACAACACAGACCACAUGGUAGCGCAAGUGUUACGCCUGCAGCAGCCCCAUGGUGGAGAGACUUCCAUGAGGAGAAUGUUUGAUGUGGUGUACCCCAUGGCCGCUGAUCAGCGGAGACACGUCAGCAUCAACUCGGCCCGCUGGCUCCCAGAACCUGGCCUGGGGCUUGCAUACGGUACCAACAAGGGAGACCUAGUCAUCUGCAGACCUGUAGAUGCCCAGUCAGACGGAGACGGCCCCGCUGAGCACAGUGAGCCCGUAUUUGCUGUCAACAACAAUCGAGGCGGUGGUACCGGUGGGAGCCGCGACGGAGAGCGGCCAGGGAGCAGCAGGGCCCCCUUGAGGUCUGAAAGGGACAUGGGACUUAUGAACGCCAUCGGUCUCCAGCCCCGUCACCCUACCCCCGUUGCGACAUCACAAGGCACACAGACACUCGUCCCACAGCUUCAGAAUGCCGAAACACAGACACACACAUUCCGGGCCUCCGAAGCAACAGACACGAACAAGGUCUCAACAUGCUGCGUUUAUUUCCUUCCUCCCCGAGUUGGUGGACACAUAAGGGACCUUCAUCCAGGCAGCAGCACAGACACGACACCGUCUCUGUCAGCCGAGGCCUCCACAGAGGCCAGCACCACCUUGGCUAACCCAGGGGAAUCUCAAGACCAGGGCAGUGGGGAGGACGCUGUUUCUCGGCUCCGCGGGCUGAUCGCUGAGGGUGGUUUGACGGCCGUGGUCCAGAGGGAGCAGAACACCACCACGGGCAGCUUCGGUAACAGCAUCAUCGUUAGCCACUGCAUCCACCGCGGCUCCCAGACUGGGACAGAGGCUCCGGGUGGAGGCAGAGGCACCCAGGGCAGGGGUCAGGGUGGUGGUGAUGGUUGGACGUCCCUCUCUCCGCCCCACCGUGGCACUCUGUCGUUCACAGAGCCCACCUCCCGUAUUCUGACCCACCAGAGCAUGGUGCAGCUGGGUGAGAGCUCAGCCUUCCUGUUAGAGCCCUCUGGGGCCCAUAGCAGGACAGUAGCACCUCUCCCCUCCCAGUACAUCACAGUCUCUUCUCAUCUCAGCCCUCAGGGGCCCAUUGGGGUGGAGGAGGGGGCCGAUGGGACCCCUAUGGACACAGACGAUGCGUUUGAGGGUGUGGGACUUGUCGAUGAUCUAGAUCUACACGUGCCCUCUGCUUCCUCCUCCUCUUCUUCAACCCUGUCGCCUGUUGUCUCCCCUCUCGACAACAACAGCUACAGUGCCAGUUACCAUGGAGACCCCUACAGUCGAUAGAUGGUCAUGUGCUUUCCAUAUCCAUCUGAUCUCUACCUAGAAGACUCUCCUUCCUCUAGCCUUAUUACAUUGACUACUGUUUUUCUGGAGGCUUCCAAUCCCAACAAUGAAAUGAGGCACUUAAAACUUCAUCCUACUCCUACAUUGCAUGUGGUGUUUUCUAUCCAGUAGUAGGCUGGAUGAGACCUAUCUUCAACCUAGGAUUAGGCUUGGUCUCUUCCUUGGAUGUGGUGUUCUUUUGCGUGCCCUGACUUCAGUUUGAGACUUGUGUCAUUGCCCAAUUGAGUGCAAGAAUCCAAAGUUACAGUUUGACCAUUCCAUCGGAGGGAGGUGGACCUGAAUGACUCUUUUACAAUCAGGGUUCAGAUCGGUGGUUUUCAAAUGCCAUCUAGGAUCAAAUUGCAACUUUCUUCAAAACGUGUUAAGACUCUUGAUCACUAUUAGCAAGAAGCUGAUAUGCUGAGUAGAAGCACAUUUUAUUAACCAAUCACAUUGGUACAAUUUGAUUGUGAACCUGGAUGAUUCUGUAUCUGUUUUUUUUUUAUGUCUAUGAAUUAUAUUUUAUUGUGUGAGAGAGAGAGAAGAUGUUCUAUGUCACCCUUUGUAGUUACAAAACGUUUCAUUCUUCCGUUAUAGUCGUCAUGGUUGAUUAGUGGUUCGCAAAGAUGUAGUUGACCCAAGAUAACUUUAAAUCUCUUGUACUACAUCGGAGAGCAGCAUUACAUUACAGAGUAGAAUUUAGGGUUGCCAAUAUUUAGGGGAGACCAAUUCCAAAAUAUGCUACUCCAAAUAUGGGCGAUAUUCAAUAUUAUCGCUGUGCGCUGUUAAUGACAAAAUAAUUCCAGACUCCUUUCUUUGCUAUUUAUGAUAUCAUAACCUCCUUCUCAUUUAGACCUCUUUUCAGCAUAUUGAUACUGCCUAACUGAUAAAACUGCACGGUUUUGAUUUGUAAAGUUCAAAUAAGAGUAUCGUCUAGUGCGUCGCAACAGCUCGACCAUGUAGUUGAUGACAAAUAUUGCCGAUCCUCGAGUUUGUCAUUCGUUAAGCCAUACCUAGUAGCGUUACAAGACGUUGCUACCAGAGAGUUGCCAGAUAAUGCCGUUACUCUUUCCUCCCCAGUGUAAUGCCUGUAUCUGGUGUACAGUGUGCGGUCGGAUGUGUGUGUGAUAAAGAUGAAUCCGUCCGUACCCAGAAAAGAAAACAAACAGCAUGACUUAUGUAUUUCAAAGGUUGAUUUAAUAAUAACAGGGUACAGUACACAUGUACUACUGGCAUGUAGAUCAUGAGCCCUAGAUCCACAGCCUCGUAACUUCCAAACUUGCUUUGAAACACCUAAAUGCUGUGCCAAGUCUUUGAAGUGAGGCAUUUUGACAAUAGUGCAUCUCGUCUACGAUUUCAAACUGUCACCCCAUGUCUUGUGAUGGUCGUCUUUUAUACAGUAGGAUUCCUUCUCUAGGUCCACUGUGGUAUGUUGAGCCCAGUCAUCUAAGGCUAAGUGGAAUUUGAAAAGGAGAUCCAUCCAGAAGGCUCUCUUUAAAAUGGCCAGUUUGCCUCCCACGAGCCGCCCGGUGCCUUGAGGGUUGUGUUGUUGUGACAGAGGCAGUUGGAGACGCACAGGGGUGAUGAUGCUGAUAGCAUUCCGAGUCACCACAGGGGCAAAGCUCUCUAGGUUGAAUGGACUUUGUGUGCUUCAAACAGUUUUGUCAGUUCUUAGUCCUUUUUAAAACUGGUUUGGCAAUUAGCAGUAAUCUGCGACAUAUAAUACAUUCAAUUUAUUGUUUUUCCUAUCAAGGUGGUCGGUUUUGACAGUGAAAGAAACUGUGUUGAAUUAAUGAAUUUGGAAGUGCUUACUGCAGCUCCAUGGUGAAUGGGUUACUUUUUUGAUAUUUGGAUGUGAAAAGUUACGCAUUAUGAGCAGGUUUUUGUUUCUCAGCCACUGUUGGUCCAGCCAACUUGCACUGCUUAUAUCUGUCUCUCUCUCUCAAAAGUAUAUUGUGAUUGUAUCUGUUGAGUUUAUUUAUGUUUUAGAAAGAUAAUGGUUAUAUAAGAAGAUAUGCCAACUUAAGUAAUAACGUAAGGUUGAUCAUAAUCUUUUUUCAUAUACAUUUACCAGAGUUGCAUUAGUCAUGUGACCCUGCAGCAGCACUGUCUAUCUCUGUUGUUCAGAUCACUUCUAGGAGAGCAAUGCACCAUUUGUCGGUUCAUAUGCUGAUCUGACUACAAACAACUUCAGGAAGAUUGUCAAAAAGAUAAAUAUAUUUUGUUCAUUGUUUAUCCGAUUGUGAAAUUAUCUUCCCAGUGUUUUCCUAUACUGUAUGACUGACCACUCACUUGUAUUGUGCCGAUCUUCAUUUUAAUUUGUCCUCAAUUAAGGGGUUCCAUUAUGGCUUGUAAUGACUCCUGUACGGUUAUGGGAAAUACUAAAUUACCUCUCAUAGCGUCAGACUCUGAGUGAAAUUAGAUUUGGACAAAUAUAUGCUUGUUAUUCAAGCAUUAAUUUGUUUCAUGUUAGCGUAUGAUCCAUGAGGGACAAUACCAUUUUGAUUUUAUACAAAUAUCAUCUGUUUACAACUUCUAACCAUCGACCCUUGGAAAGAGCAGGAAGACCGGAGUCUCAUUUACAGUUCUUGGUUUGGAUAUCAGAGUGAUCUGGGUAGGAGUAGAAAGGGGUGUAAUGGGAAAGUGUUUGCGACAGACAAACCAAGAGACCCAUCAGGCAUCAGAAUGGUUCAGGCUAACCCAGAUCUGUCAGACUCUGCUCCUGAAAAGACCCCCCUCCCCUUUUGGAAACUGGAGCAGACAGCUGACACAGUUUUCUUUUGUUCCCCCCCUUUUUAUUUCUUUUUGAGCACACUCAUCUCGUUUUUCAUGUUUUUGAACGUGUGGAAUUGACCGUUUUCUUUCACCUGAUCUCUAUUGUAUUUGAAGAGGAUAUGAUUGACUGCAUUCCAGUGUCCUGUUGAUCAGGAGGGUUAAUGGAAAGGAUGUGUUCUAAUCAGAAGGCAGGAGCUUACAUUGGCUUCAUGGUGACUGUUGGGUGAGAUGGAGAGAGAAAUGGAAAUGGGGCAGGAGAACUGAACAACUGAUCCCUGUGGGCUCCAGUCCUGCUGGGCUUGAAGUGGGAGAAAAACUGAGCGAAACAGCAGCGUUGGAUUUGGUCACCUUGAUGCUCAUACAGCAUUGCGUUCGAUGACCUCGUCUGUUUCAGCUUUCACCUAUCUGUGCUCUUUAUUACUCGGUUCACCAACAUACAAUAAUCAGCGUGUGUAUCAAUUCAAAAUGCAAUCAAGACUAUAGUUAAAUAGUGAAACUACAGUAUAUGCAGUAGAAAUCUCCACAGCCCAGGAUAUUUUGCAACUACCCGUGUUUUUAUUUUCUGUGCAAUGAAGGGCAAUAUGUACUCACAUUACAUACUCAACGUAUUUAGUUAUAACGCUUUACACUGUUCACAGAUCAUCACAAAAUCAGUGUAGUCAAGAUGUUACACUGUCAUAUUUUCCUACAGGUGAUAUUCACAUGUUUGUGCAGCAGAAUAAAAAUGUCUGUGACCUUCUGGAUAUGAUUGAAAUUUGGAUCAAAUCUGUUUAGGAUUUUUUUAGUCUGAAAUGUGUUUAUAAAUUGAGGAUAAUGAGCUUCCUAUACAAAUACUUUCAGGGAAAUUCUGAAGGUCAUGAGUGUAUUUGUUCUGUUGUCACUGACUCACCAUAGUGUCUUUUUCUCACAUUUAUCCAUAUGUGAUCUCCUGAGUGUACAUGAACUCAACAAGGAAGUGUCUUCAGUGUGCAUGUUUUUUGUAGGAGAUUGUGAUUGGAAGGGUUUUCUAUCUACUUUAAAGGAUCAAAUACAGUAUAUCACAGUAGUCAAUGUGCAACUAAGUGCUGUUAAAACACCAAAGAUCCUAUAAAAUAUAUGUUGAUCAUAAACAAAUAGAAAUGUAAAGCUAAGAAACAAUACAUUUUCUUUUUUUAUUCUCGAGGGUGAAAGACGAUAUCAUACAUUUUCCUUCCAUCUAGUAAGAAGUGGUCCCCUUACAUGGUGAGCUGUUAUGACCCGUUUGAAACUUUGUCAUCGUCUCCCUCCUUGCUAUUUUACAGUAUGAGAAUUUCAAGAGAAUGUAUCGUAUAAUGAAUGCAUUAAUUGAUACCAUAACGGCAAUAUAUCCUGCCAGCUGUUUAUAAUCCCUGAACAGUUUGUGUUCAGUCAAUUUGAACAAGGCAAUGUCAUUGGGGGUGGUCGUGUUCACAGUACAGAAUACUGUGCACAGGAUCUUCAAGACUGACCUCCUGCUCUUGAGAGCUUGGACCUAGUGCUAACGUUAGAUGGAACUAAUUCUUUCUGCAGAUAUUUUGCUUCCUCCAUUUAUUUGUAUCAUCUUUGUGGAGCUUUGUGGGUUUAUUCAUGGCAAAUGUUUCUGGUAAACAACCCACAUCCCCUCCUACAGAAAGACUCACUUUUGGCCAGCAAGGCAUUGAGCAAAAAUAACGAGAGCAAUCAAAAUGAAAAAAUAUUAGGAUUGUUUCCCGCUUGGUCGUUUUCAUGUCUUCCAGAAUCAUUUGCUCCUUGAGAAUUUGUUUUUUAUUUUUAUUAUCAUGAAACUGCAUCCUUGUUUGUUUUUUACUUCACCCAAAAGGAUAACUAUUUCUAUUCUGCUGAAUUAUUCAUACUUUCUUGAUAACUACUCAGGGGAAGAUAGAAAAUCAACCGAAUCGUUGGAUUACUCACAGUCGCUGCUCUGCUGUAUCAGAUCUGACCAAAAGGUCCCACAAUGAUCUGACACAUGGACACCCUGGGGGGUUGAAGAGGUCGAGCUUUAUCUAGUGUUGGCCCACCUGAGGGUGUAUGCGUUUACACUAGAGAUGAAGAUUCAGACCGGUGCAAAGAGGUAGCGGGAAAACAAACAAACAAAGCCGUGCCUCUAUAUCAACUGGUAGGAUUACACAACGGUGUAAAUGGAUGGAAACUAGACCUGGGAAAUUGAUGAAAGCAUUGCACUUAACUUUAUAAAUUACCAUGGAGAGUGCUGUUGGAAAUGACUGAGGAUAGGACCUGGCCUAGCCAGUCUGAUUCCCCAUACAAUCCCUCCCUUUGCCACUGAAUGUUGCUGAGGUGCAGGAGGCAGAGAACUUACAUAACUACAGUAUGCUCCUCUGUGAAUGGAUACUCCCUCUUAAGCACCUACACAGACUAGCCUCUGAUCCAGCGCAAUCAUCAGGAUAUUGAGUCAGAUAGGUAGCGGAACUAAUUGGAUGCUGAAGCUCAAGUUACAUCAGUCUUGUUGCAUUAGCCAUCUUCCAGACCCAAAACUUUCUCCCGGGAGACCAACUCUGAGUUGCGGUCCAUCUGCAAUGGCUGCUCAAUGUUCUUGACGAGGAGAGGCUUCAGUGAGGGAGUCGAUGUGUUUAACUGUAUGCCAGGUGCUCUGGGGAAAUACUGCCACAAAGUAAGAAGUUUUUAGAAGAGAGAAAGGCCUCCCACUUAUUUCCUCGCUCUUUGUUUGCCCCCUUUCUCUGUUGCUCUCCCUCUUCAAGUUGUUCUUCUCCCUCCCUUGCCCUCUUCCUUCCCACCCCCCCACUGUUCCACAGAUGCUCUCUUUCCUCCCUCUUAUCACCCCACCCAUGGUCUCUCCACUCCCAUUACAAUUUCUGCAUGCCCCUCUGCCCCUCUGCCCCCCUGCCAUGUCUCCUGUGAAUAAGAGGCUGGCACUUCAAAGCAAUGCUUUUAAUUAAUCCAAUUUGGUGAGGCAGUUCUAGGAGGGCACCUACCGUUCAGGAGAGAGGGUAGCAGGGUGGAUGAUGGGUGUCCUCAGAGGUGGUAUGGAAAAAAGAAGCCAUUACCCAUACUCCACCACUCCAUAAGUGGGGCCUGGGGACGUUCGGGUGAACUCUUCACUUGGUGUGUCUACAAAGACACCAGGUACUUGCACUACUUUAGUUAUCGAUGUGUGUCUUAUCUUUAAUGAGUACAAGCGUAUAAUCAUGCAUCACCACAGGCUCAAGUAACGCAUGCAACCUGCAAAUGGGCAAAUAACGAAUUAGGCCAACAUCCAAAUUUCAAUGGAAGACUAUGGAGACAAAGUGCUUGACUGUCUUUUAGCCACAGAUCUCCUCAUAAUGAAUUAACUGUU